AUGACUCAAGCCAGCGUGCAAUCAUCGACGUGGAAGGCCCCUGAUGAGGACCAGCUUUGGGACUAUCUCGAUCUCGACCUCGACGAGGACGCAAUACCGUUCCUACCCUCCGCCUAUUCUCUCUCUGCUUCGGACAGCAAUCACUUAGGUUUUGAGCUGGGCUCCCCACCAACGAUCCCUUAUUCUCUUUCGUCUUCUCUCUCUGUCUAUCUAGGGGUCCCCGAUCAGGAUCCAGUACAAUCUUUUGAAUUUCUGAUCCGGUUUACCAGCCCCAAAGUCUAUGGCAUCGCAGCUAAAUUCAAUGGCACCACCAGAACACAUGAGCCGAGGGGCCUCACCUUGGGUCCCAAGGACUACAGCCAGUACAUUUGUCGCCAACUUCCCAACUCUAUGCCCGGCGAAUACUCUGAACUCUUUGCUUCAGGUCUUUCCCGUAGCCCCAUGCCAGUCUUGGAAGAAGCUGGGCAAGCCAAUUGGUCCUCAUAUAGUCGGGAGUUUUCCACCGUUUUGGCGGGCGGAUACCCGGGAGACCAGAGCAACUUCAACGUGGUGGCGGCCUUCCACGGUUCCAAUGCCCGUGAUGGAAUUCGAGGGGCCUUCUCAAGCACGCCAGACGCCUAUACAGACCCUCUUGCCUUGAAAAGCCAUGAGAUACUGUUGGGAAUUCAAGAAGUAGCCAUGUCCCAGGCUGGUUGUCUCCGAGGAAAUCGCCAGGGGUGGUCGCCAAUUCUGGAGCAAACAUGCAUCCAAUUCUUCCAUCCUGCACGGUUGCGCCGAUACUUGGAUCACUUCUGGACUCACUGGUACCCCCACUGGGUGACUAUUCACAAACCCUCCUUUAGUGCAAUGGACGCCCCUCGAUCUCUGGUGGCUGCCAUGGCUCUAAUUGGGGCAUGCGCUUCGCCGGAGGAGAGUGAUCGAGAAGAUGCCCAGUUUUGGCGCAACUAUGUUGAAGAAAUGGUGUUCGUUGACAUGUCGAGCACCCCCGAUUUUGUCACGUCCGGUGUCACUCUCUCGACUGAUGGGGUGAGGGCUCAGCUUCGAUCUCUCCAGGCUGCUUUUGUGGUCUGCAUGUAUCAGAUAUGGGAAGGUCGCAACUUCGAUGCGAAGAGAAUCCGACACGAGAGGUAUGGGACGGUCGUGACCAUGGCGAGAGCGCUAAUACCCUACGCAAAACACAUAGGACUCGACAAGGUCACGCCCGAAAGCUUCCACUGGCAGCACUUUGCCUUGAUUGAGCAGGUUAUCCGGACCGUGAUAUAUGUUUUCUUGGUCGACACCUACUUCGUCAUCUUUCACAGCCUGCCUCCUCAAAUGAGCAUACAAGAGUUGAAAAUGGAUCUCGCCUCGCCCGAAGAGUGUUUCCAGGCUCCAGAUGCCAGUAGCUGCUUUUACCAUCUCCGGCCAUGGGCUUCGCUCCCGCUCUGCCGAGACGGGUUCAUCCUCUAUGGAGCCAUCAAGUGCCUUCGAAAAAGAGACAUGGACGACAAAGUAUUUCUCCACCUCGCGCGGGCUGGCCCCCUCAACCUCUGGGUGCUGUGUUCGGCAUUGCACGUUCUCAUUUUCAACAUUGAACCCGCCUUUGGCCACAAGUCCCAGUUCCUGGCCCACGACAAUGCACUGACCAAUUGGCGGCGAGUCUGGAAUCAGCACCUUGUCCAGAAGCCAGGCGAAACCUCAGUAUCCGAAGUCGACGACCGAGACGCAUGUCAGCUGUGGACUCGGCCCGGACUUAUGAGAUAUGCCCCCGAAUGGUGGCUGUUGGCUCGGCACAUCCUGCAACGCAUGAAGUCUUGUCAGGCUGAUCUAGAAGCCUCCGAGGAUUUGUCCGGUCCUGGCAGCUGGCGUUCAAAUCUUGGGCCUUCAAUCAUCCAGCGCAGGGAUACCUUCGACACCACGGAGGUCCACCGUUUCAUCUGCCGGUGCCCAACGCUUGCGAGCAACGCUGAGGCGCGGAACCAUGCCUGA